AUGGCCUCCGACCCAAACAACACAGAGAUCCCCCAGCCAGUCGGCUCCUCAGCUCUGAUCCCCCCACUUCUCCGCACAGCCUCAGGGAUAGUCCUCGAUAUCGGACCAGGAACAGGCACACAGAUGCCCCUGCUCAGCUCACCAGCAAUAACAGCUCUAUACGGCGCAGAGCCAUGCAAAGGCCUGCACCCCUCCAUCCGCGAAAAAGCAGUAGCAGAGAACAUCUCAUCCAAGUACCACAUCGUGCCAACAGGUGUAGCAGCCGCCGAACUAAUCCCCGCAUUGCGGGCGACUGGCACGGGCGUCGUGGAUGCGUACGAUUCUGACGCGCGGGUGGGCAUCUUCGACACGAUUCUAUGCGUGCGGGUGCUGUGUUCGGUGCCGGAGAUGGAGCGCACUGUGGGGGAGUUGUAUGGGAUGCUCAAGCCUGGUGGGCGGUUGCUUGUUACGGAGCAUGUUGUUAACCCGUGGCGACGGGCGAAGGGGUCGAUUGUUGGGCGGGUUGUACAGGGAAUUUAUCAAAUGCUUGGAUGGAGUUGGUUUACUGGGGAUUGUCGUAUGGAUAGGGAUACGGAGGCAGCUUUGAGGGCUGCGGCUGAUGUGGAUGGUGGGUGGGAGAGGGUUGAGCUGGAGAGAUCUUUUGAGUGGUCGGCUAUGCCUUAUAUUUCUGGGGUUUUGGUUAAGAAGGGGGUUGAAGAGCUUGUUUGA